GGAAGUCCCGCCCCGGAAACGGCUCCGCGCAGCGCCAUGGCGGCGCCCGGGUGGCGGUGGUCUGUGCUGCUGUUCCGAGCGCUGCAGUCCCUGCCCGCUCGCCAGGCCCUGCAUGACACGGCUCCGCCACGGGAUGUGCUGCUCUUCGAGCACGAACGGGGCCGCUUCUUCACCCUCCUCGGGCUGUUCUGCGCUGGCCAGGGGGUCUUCUGGGCUUCCCUGGCCAUUGCCUCCUUGGCCCAUCCCCCAACCCCGGUUCGUCCAACAGACGCCGAGUCCCCAGACCAUGGCCGCUUGGACCUGCGCUCAACACUCUGGCGCUACGGCCUUGCCGUCAGCUGCGGCGCCAUCGGUUCCCUGGUACUUGGUGCUGGUCUUCUCUUUUCCCUCCGCUCUGUGCGCUCAGUGAUGCUACGGGCUGGAGGGAAGCAAGUGACCCUCACCACUCAUGCCCCCUUUGGCUGGGGUGCCCAUUUUACGGUUCCCUUAAACCAGGUAUCUUGCAUGGCCCACCGGGGAGAAGUCCCUGCCAUGCUGCCUCUGAAAGUCAAAGGCCGACGCUUCUACUUCCUCCUGGACAAAGCUGGACAUUUCCCCAACACGAAACUUUUUGACAACACUGUGGGUGCCUACCGUAGCUUGUGAAGAAGCAACUAAGGUUCAGAAUAAAAACUGAACCUUAGGGAUGGGGUGACAACCAGGGUCACACAGGGGGCCCAGAAUUCAUUAACAGCAAAUAAAAGAGCAGUCGUUCCAAGGGCAGCUACCUGCCGUACCCCUUGAAUUUUUUGACCCGUAUCUGUUUAGCCUUCACUCUGCUCCUAUCCACCCUACCUACAGUGCUCUACACCAAGAACUCAGUACUGAGAUGAGGAAAGAAAGUAACAGAAUACUGGUACAGAAACAGCUGUAGGAGGAGGGGUGUCCUCAUGGUUCCCUCCUGGAGGGAAAACUAAGGCUCUCCACAUAAUCAGAGCCAUGUCGGGGCAAGAGGACUACAGGCACUUGGGCAUGGAGUCUGGCUGCAGAAGUACUGUUUGGUUAGUCUUCAGGAAUGGAAAAGGCGUGGCCCAACAAGAGCAUCUGUCUCAGAGCUCCACUCUGAGUUUCCCCUCUGCAGAGGCCGGUUUGGUGUGGCUUCAGACUUCCACUGCACAACCUGGAGCACCAAGACCACACACCACAAUACCAGAUUCACCCAGGAAGAAGUCUGUGGGAGACAGGAACAGGAAUUUGAGGACUGGGCCCAUCUUGAAUCCAGUUCCACCCACAUACCACUCAGCUGUUCACUGUCAGGCUGGCAAGCCUUCAGCUCCUCAGCCCCUCACCGGUGGACCGACCGAGCUCAGAGUACACUGGUGAGCCCUCUUAAAACUACAGAUGGUAUUAUAUGAUUCGUUACACGAA